AUGAAAACAAAAGAGGUAGACCGGCCAAUUGCGACAAUGGAAGGCUGGGAAGACGGUUCCAAAUACAAACGAGAGCUAUUUAAUCUCGAUCGUUGGGAACUUCAGUCAGCAGAUCAGUUAACGAUUCAUAUCGGACCUCAUGACAUUGUAUUGGUGCAAGAUCCACAUUCAAGUCACCUGGGAGGAUAUAUCUGGUUAACUGCUAUUGUAUUCUGUGCCUAUCUCGAAUCAUUGUGCGAGAAAAAAGAACGUCAUGGAUGGAUAUCUCUCGACCGCACCAAGCGUUGGGUUGAGUUGGGAUCAGGUGUGGGAUUGAUUGGGCUUAUGCUUCGUAAGAUGGGAAUCGAGGAUGUUAUGAUUACCGAUAUUUCUGAACUAGUGCCUGUUAUGGAGCGUAAUGUUGAGGCGAAUGGAUUCACAGUCAAGUCAGUUAGUGGACGGAGAAAGAAUGAAGCUUCUAAAACAGAUGAAGUGUUGGUGGAGCCUCUUUUGUGGGGUGAUGGGGAUGCGAUUGAACAUGUAAAAUCUUCUGGUGUGAUUGACUAUUUGGUGGCAUGCGAUUGUAUCUAUUCUGAGGCGAGUGCAUUGGAUCUGGUUGAUACGAUGGAUCGGCUGGCGGAUGAGACGACAACAAUUAUAUGUAUCAGUGAAGUUCGUAACCAGGCAGCUCAAGAUGCUUUUAUGGCUGAAGCAAAGUCACGCUUUCACAUGGAGCUUCUUCCGCCCUCACAGUGGCAGGGAAAGGUGAAGGGAGUUGCGUUUGCUGAGACAUUGAAUCUUUACCGAUUGCGUAAAUCUGUGGCGCCUACCAAGCACAAGAAGAGAAUAAAGAAUAAGUCUUCUUAA